GAGCAUGGGAAUGUUCAUCUGGAUUUGUAUAAAAAGGAAAAUAGAAGGCUAGAGUGCCUCUGAGAUACCAAGAUCUGGAGCAAAGAUGACGGAGUCGCCGUCCUCUCCAGGGAUGGAGCGCUGGGAGCAUGCGGACAUGCUGUACAUCUCCAUUGAGAGCACCAUCGCCCUGGCCUCGGUGAUGGGGAACGUGCUUGUGAUUCUGGUGGUGGCUUUAAACAGGGCACUCAGGGACACUACCUUCUGUUUCAUUGUGUCUCUGGCACUGGCCGACAUCACCGUGGGCGUCCUGGUGAUCCCGUUGGCCGUGGUCAUCAGCUUGGGGCUGAAGACGCAGUUCUACACGUGCCUCUUCCUCUCCUGUCUGCUGGUCAUGAUCACCCAGACUUCCAUACUGUCCCUGUUGGCCAUCGCCAUUGACCGAUUCCUGCGCAUUAAGAUUCCCACCAGGUACAGCAUCAUUGUGACGCAGCGUCGUGCAUGGGUAGCAGUAGGCCUGUGCUGGCUGCUCUCUGCCAUCACCGGAUUGGUUCCGAUGUUCGGCUGGCACCAGGACGUGAACAUCAACAGCACAUCACCUAUCGAGUGCCAGUUCACCUCAGUCAUACGCAUGGACUACAUGGUGUACUUUAACUUCUUUGGCUUGGUGGUGGCCCCCCUCACCAUCAUGACCGGGCUGUACAUCGAGAUUUUCCGCGUCAUCCGGCGGCAGCUUAACCGCCGCGCUGAGGCUACCAGCGACUCCAGCAAAUACUACCAUAAAGAGCUGAAGCUGGCCAAGUCCCUAGCCCUCGUACUGUUUCUGUUCGCCCUCUGCUGGCUGCCACUGCACAUAAUGAACUGCAUCACGUACUUUUGUCCCACGUGCCCGAUGCCGAAGAGUGCUAUAUACGUGGGAAUCUUCAUGUCACACGUAAACUCCGCCCUCAAUCCUCUGGUUUACGCCUUCCGGAUCCAGCGUUUCAGGGCCACUCUGGUUCAGAUUGCCCAUCGCUGUGUGCUCUGCAGAGCUCAUGACCCCAGCCCAUGUUCAUCUGGACCUCCAGCUAUCACUGAGAAAACUCAACAUGACCUGUAGCAACAUCAACUGACGCGGACUACCUGCUACAUUUGGACAAAUCCUGAAGUUUACAGAGCUGGACUUUACAUUUAGUGCCAAAGACUAAUAAAAAAAACAUAAAGAACUAUGACUAAAAAAAAGUUGAGUUGUUCAAUUUAAAGGUAGGGUAUCACUUAUAUGUACAGUGCUGAAUAAAUGCAAUCUCCUGCCUU